UAUAAUAUAUAUGCACACUACACCCGACACAAACAGGCAAGACAAUGUCUAGAAUAACCGACUUGUCGCUGGGACGGCGGAAUACCUCCUACUCCUCAACAAUAUUUGAUAGAUGGGAUUCUGCACGUAAUUGCUCUCCGGAGGAGGUAAAAGAUCUGAUCGCUGUUAAUGGCGUCAAGUUUAACGUGUUCGUUGACACUUUUAACCACCAUACCAACGAGUAUAGUAUCACCGACAAGAAAGAAGGCAAGGAUGCGUCCCUCGUCGUCCGCAGAGGUCAGCCUUUUCAGAUGACCAUUACCUGUGACCGGCCUUAUGACCCAAAAAAGGAUGAACUGAAGCUGAUCUUUCAAACCGGUGACCAGCCAAAGCCUACCAAAGGAACUUUUGUUGAGAUGAUCCUCUCAGAUGCUGACCUGCCAAAAAGGUGGGGAGCAAAAUUAGUGCGUAGAACCAACAAUGACCUGCAACUAGAGGUCAUGACCCCGCCAGUUUGUCCAAUAGGUCGCUGGAAUGUCAAGGUCAGAGCUGUGAAGAAAGGAGGAAAGACACCUUCCGUUUCAAAAGUUCACAGUCAUCCAAAUCCGAUCUACAUCCUGUUUAACCCAUGGUGUAAAGAUGACGACGUGUAUCUCCAUGACGAUAAACUACUUGAAGAGUAUGUCUUGAAUGACACUGGCAAAAUCUUUGUUGGGAAUGACAAAUACAUCCACGGACGACCCUGGAACUUUGCUCAGUUUGACGACCCUGUGUUGGACUGUGUCCUUGACCUUUUGGAUCAAAAUGGAUUCAAAGCAUCCGAUCGAGGUGAUCCUAGAUUGGUCGUUCGUAAAAUCUCUGCUCUGGUAAACUCGUCAGAUGAUAACGGAAUCCUGACAGGUAACUGGUCAGGUGACUACGAGGGAGGGACCAAGCCGACGGCCUGGACAGGAAGUCAGGCCAUUCUGGAGAAGUACUUUAAAACUAAGUCACCGGUCGAGUUUGGCCAGUGUUGGGUAUUCUCUGGAGUACUGACCACAUGUUGUCGGGCUCUUGGUUUACCCAGCAGGAGUGUCACGAACUUUGCAUCGGCCCACGAUACAGACAUGUCGAUGACAAUCGACUUAGUCUUUGAUGAAGAGGGUAAUCCUUUGGAGGAGCUCAACAACGACUCUGUCUGGAAUUUCCACGUGUGGAAUGAUGUGUGGAUGGCACGUCCAGACCUGAAAGACAAGAGCUGUGGAGGCUGGCAGGCUUGUGACGCGACGCCCCAGGAGACAAGUGACGGUAUUUACUGCUGUGGACCCUGUCCUCUAAUUGCCAUCAAAAAGGGGGAAGUUGCUGUGCCGCACGACGGACAUUUUAUAUUCGCGGAGGUCAAUGCUGACAAAGUCUACUGGCGGAUUGAGGAUGGUACCUUUAGGGUUAUGCAGGUCAACGCCAACGGUGUUGGCAAGUACAUCAGUACCCAUAGACCAAAGUGUUUGGGCCCCAAGAAUUGGUCGAAGCAAGACCCGUGUUGGGACGACCGCUGGGACGACAUAACCGACCAGUACAAGUUCAAUGAAGGUACCGGAGCAGAGAGAGCUGGAGUAUUUAAAGCUAAUUUGAGAGGAAUCUACUCUGGUCUGUACGAUCAACCCUCCACGGAAAACCAGGAUGUAUCAGUGAAGGUUGUGGACAAAAAACAAGUAAACUAUGGAGACGACCUUGAAGUUGAAGUUGACUUUGAGAACCUGUCCAAGGAGGAGCGUACAGUGGGUGGAACUUUGAGUCUACAGAGUCACUACAAGACUGGAGUGUUUGCUCAUAGGAUCAGAUCUGAGAAGAUCUACAUAACCCUCAACCCAGCACAGAAGGUUUCCAAGAAGAUACGUAUAGACUUCGACGAAUACGAUAAGAAAACAAUGGAGGGCUGUUACUUCAAGACGUUGUGUGUCUGUGCGGUCAAAAAGACACAUCAAACCUCUUCUGAGGAUGACGACUUCCGACUCAUCAAACCAGACCUUGACUUGAAGGCGCCUGCGGAAGUCCGUGUAGGUGACACAUUCAAGGUGAAGGUGAUGUUCAAGAAUCCAUUGCCCAUACCUCUCACUCUUUGCGUCUUGGAAUUGCAGGGAACAGGAUUGCUUCAACCUAAAAACUUCAAACAGGGUUCUGUGGGGGCCAAGCAGACCUUCAUAGCUGAGGUUGAGAUGACCGCCUCCAAACCUCGAACCAGGACGAUCGUCGCCAGCUUCGACUCCAAAGAGAUUGCCGAUAUCAAUGGCAGCUGUGAAAUAGUGGUCAAAGACAAGUAAAUUCCAGUUUGACGAAUUGAAGACAUUUGUUUGACACAUAUUGACCUGUGUUGACACUUGGUUGUAAUCACACGUCCCUGUGUUUAAGACUGCAAUUUAAUACUCCCGCUUUUUUUAGUUGUUUAUACUAAAUACAAACAAACGUCAAUAAGUUUAUUAUUAUAGGCUUCGACUCUACUAACACACUAUUUUGUUCUAUGUUUGUUGAUGAAUGUUUUCAGAAAAUUUUCAAGUAAGCUAGCGAUACACCCAGCCCGAAAACCUUAGUGUGAAGACAAUACUUGAGGCAUACCAAUUAAACAUAAGGUUUAGAUCUUGCAUUUCCUUCCUAACAAAAAUCUGUUUUGGCAAAUUAAAAGAAAAAGAAUGUUUAGAACAUUCAUUGUUCGCGUGCAGAGGUCUCCACGACAACAUAUCGCUUGUCUCAUAUGCACCUUUCUGCUCUGACCCGUGCUGAUAUAUAUAUAUAUAUACAAUGUAUAUGUUAAACAAGUAUUUGAUAAAACCCUCUUAGCGAAACAUCCGAAAUACGUGCUUGUAUUUUCCGUUAUUUUCAAAACUGGGGAAAAUAUCUGAAUAUGGUGUGUAUAUAUACCUUUACGUUUAGUUUGUUUUACUUAAAGACGAACUCAAUACUAUAUACAUUUUAUGUGCAUCGAAGACUAAUAGAUUAACAGUGUUUCGCGACUUCUUUAUCAUAAUUAUUGUAAUACUAUCAAGUAAAUACUAAGCGUAUUUUGAUACAGGUAUAGUUGAAGACUGCUUGAAGCUUUAUUUGUCAAGACUUUCAAGAUUUAAAAUUUCAGACUAAUACCUAUUUAAUCACAUUAGUUUAACACUUAUAUAAACUGUCACACUAGCGUAUUGCAAAUACCCAUUUUGCUUUUGGUGGUUGUUUUAUUAAAAAAGAUACAUGAAUAUUUAUUUUUCUUAAAUAAUAUCAUUUUGUUUCUUACUCUACUAUCAUGAAGGGCUCAUGAAAUUUUCAUGCCUAGGCAUAACCAUUUGCCGAGAUGAAUCGUGAUGUUAGGCUGAAGCAUUCAUUUUAGAAAUCAAUUUUAUCUGAAAGUGUUUAACAAUAUAAGUCCUCUACAAAUUCAAAUACUGCUCACUUGGGGACGACUUAUUUUAGGAUAAA